GAGUGAAAGAGGGAGGGAAAAAUAAGCUGACUGAGGAAUUUUCCUUUUCUCUUUCUCUAUCUUUCUCUCCUCAGCUCUCUGACCCAACUGCAGCUGCAAGCCCAGCAUCAAGAACUACUGUUCCACCAUGUUUGGGUCCCUCUUGCCUACCUGUUUACUUCUUCACCUGGUAGUAUCUGUACCUCAACCACCCUGCCGUCGAUGCUGUGACAACCUCCAACGACUAGGCGAUGCUGGAACCCUUACCGAAAGCGUGCCUGCAAUGCCUGAAGUCCGCACAUACAUCAACAUGACCAUUCUCAAAGGGGACAAGGGUGACCGUGGAGAAAGAGGAACCCCUGGAAAGCCUGGGCUCGAGGGUUCUCUGGGACCACAGGGGGAUGAGGGUCCCAAAGGAGCUAAGGGACAAGCCGGGCCUCCGGGUGACGCCUGCAAGUCCCAGCACUCUGCUUUCUCUGUGGGCCGAAGGAAGUCUCUUCACAGUGUUGACAACUACCAGGCGUUGAUUUUCGACACCAUCUUCGUAAACACCCCUGAGCACUUCGACAUGUUUUCCGGGAAGUUCCGUUGCCACAUACCGGGCAUUUACCUCUUCAAUGUAAACAUCCACACAUGGAACUUUAAGGAGACGUACCUGCACAUCAUGCACAAUGAGAGCGAGAAGGCGAUCAUUUAUGCUCAGCCGAGUGACCGCUCCAUCAUGCAGAGUCAGAGCGUGAUGUUGCCUCUACAGGAGGGCGAUAAGGCUUGGAUCCGCCUCUACAAACGUGAGCGCGAGAACGCCAUAUACAGCGACAAUGUGGAUAUUUACAUUACCUUUAAUGGAUACCUCAUCAAACCAGAAUCUGAGUGAGAAACAUCGGCAGAAAGGAAGGAAAGGGACGAUUUAGUGACGUAAUAUUUGAAAACAGGCCAAAAAAUGCUUUAGCAGUUGGGCAACUUUUACAGACAAGAAGACUCUGACUAAUAAGCCAUAAAGGGAAUUAAAGGUGAAGUGUAUCAUUUCUGUACCACUAGUGUCAGUGAAUGGAAUUGCAAACAUAAUUACUGUUUCCAAAAAAGUCCCCUAAACACCCCCUCCCCUAAUAUUGCUGUACCAAAAAAUGCGCCCACAGUGUUUAGAAGAAAAAACAAGUAUUAGUUGUAGAGCAAUAUCUAGAAUCAUUUUACUCUCAGUAUCUCAAUAUGGACAUCAGCCAUGUGUCUGUUUUUAAUCAGUUGAGAGUUUGUUGGCAUAGCUACAGUCCCUGAUAAAAAAAAUAAAAAGUACUUGCUGUGUGUGUGUUUGUGUGUGUUUUGUGUGUUUUUGUGUAUGUGUGUGUGUGUGUUGUGUGUGUGUUUUGUGUGUGGUGUGUGUUUUUUGUGUGUGUGUGUUUUUUGUGUGUGUUGUGUGUGUAUUGUGUGUGUGUGUUUUGUGUGUGUGUGUGUGUGUGUGUUUUGUUGUGUGUGUGUGUGUUGUGUGUGUGUGUUGUGUGUGUUGUCUGGUUCUGUUUAUAGGACAAAGGGAGGCUUUUUAUGUAUGUGGCUUUCCUUUUUCAGAAGCAAGACUCCACUUGAGAGAGACUAAGAUGAUAGCAAUCCAUAGAGAGGGAGUGAUAGCAAGAUUCAACAUUUUCAAACCACAGCAGACAGAUUGCGUCCUAUAUUCAUGACUUAAAAGAAUUGUUGAGUAAAGCAGAAAUUUCAUUUAGUGUCUUAAUCCCUGCUUCAGUCUGUGCCGCCGAAUCUGACUCUCGGGAAUUGAAAGAUUCUGAGACGAUAAUGCACAAAGAAAUAACGCUGAGUAAAAAUACAAAUCGAAUAGUAAACCUCGCUAAACAUCUGGAUGUUGCUAAUUAAAUCAGGUGCUUGAUGUUAAAUGUUUGUACUUUCAACACAUUUUAACAGGUGCUAAAAGUUACAUACUUGACUUCCAUUGUGAAUAUUUUGGUGUGUAAAAUGAACAGCUAUAUUUGUUGUUUUCAAUGGAUGUACUUGAUAAAAUGUCUAGCAAACAGUGUUUUCUAAAUGAUUUUUAAUGCCAUAAUAAAAGUUUAAUCCAACUGGUGUCAAUUUGGAAAAAAUAAACAGGUGGUAACUGAAACCAAAUCCAUACUUGAGGAUAGCAAUACAUGAUCACAUGAUGUAUUUCAUGACCAGAGGACAUGCUGGUGCUAUCACACACUCUAGUGGUGAAGUGGUGCAUAUUAUUAUGAUGAACAGAGGAAUCGAUUAACUCACUUUAUGAUUUAUGUAUGUAGAAAACUUGAAUGAAAUGACUUGGAGAAGGAUAAGAAAGCAUUUCAAAUUUUAUUUUACAGAAGUCAUUAUUUUACAACAAUAAAUGCACAUUUCGACACAAA